CCAACUUUACUAUUCAGUUUAUUGCAUAUAAGAUAGUUUGAUAGUAGACCCUGUUUACAAAAUGUCGUAUUUGGAAACGCCUACUACCAGUGCUGGUAAGAAACCAAACAGAAGACGAUGUAGAAAUAGAAGUGUCCAGGAUGUUCUUAGUCCACAAUCAAAGGCAGAUGCUCUGCUUUUACUUUCGCCGAAGUCACACACUAUUACGAAGUAUAGAGACGAUUGCAAGUCAGAAAAGAAGAUCUGGCGCUUCGUGAUCUGUCUUAUUGUGAUGCAUCUAUUCACUGGAAUGCUGCUGUAUUCAGUUAAGACAUACGCGACAACGAUUGAACGUAGAUAUGGUUUAUCAGCUUCAAUGAUUGGUUUAAUAGUUGCUGGUAGCGAUAUCGGACAUUUGAUUUCACUCAUUCCUUCAGCAUUGGCAGCAUCCAUAUUUCCACGCCCAAUUCUGAUUUCUUGCGGUGGAUUGUUAAUGGCGUUUGGUGGAGCACUUUGUUGUCUUCCUCACUUUCUGUGCGGAUUGUACGUACCUCUUACGCACACGAUGACCAACAUUACUCAAAACUUGUUGGAGGGAGAGAAAAACACGCUCUAUUCUCCACAAAUGUGUACAACUGAUGAUUAUCAAUUUGUCAAACAAUGGAAUGACGUUGAUUUUGAAAGCAACGCGUCAUAUCAUAACCUAAGAGCCAUCGACGAGACAGAAAAUGCUCUUCCAAAAAUUCUUUGUUCCAAGGCAGAAGUUGAAGCAAUAUUUUUGUUAUCGACGUUAUUGAUGGGUUUCGGUGCUGGGCCUGUUGUAACUCUGCAUUUCUCUUAUAUUGAUGAUUUUGCAGCGCCUACAAAAUCACCACUCUACAUAGCUGCUGUGCAAACUUGUUCGAUCAUUGGCGUCAUGUUCAGCUACGGAAUCGCUGGCAUAGCAAGCAAGUUAUACGUCGAUAUCGGAAGAUUGAACUCGGAAAACAUUGCGCUUCGUCCCGGUGACGUACAAUGGGUCGGUGCUUGGUGGUUGGGGUUCAUUAUAUCUUCAUGUGGAAGUUUUGUCUUUAGUUUGCCACUCAUGUGUUUUAAAGACGAGAGCGAUUUCGAUCUAGUUUUUGACGAGGAGACCAAUUUAUUACAGAGUUCGAAUUUAGAUGUUACUGGUGUUGGGCUACAUAAUUCCAACAAAUGUACAAAUGAUCAGCCACACAGUAAUCGUCACCAUCUAUUGUCACCUGUGCGGAAAACAAGGAUCAAAUCGGAAGUUGCAGAUAGUGAUGUUAUCCAUCCUUUACAACAUAUUCUGACGAACCCAGCUGUCAGCAUCUCCCUUCUAUCUACCAUAGGCUGGCACUUUCAACCACUAACAAAUGGAACAUUUGUGUUAAAAUAUCUCCAACAAGAGUUUCUCAUGUCUGUCUCGUCUUCCAGUUUGACCGUUGGUGCAAUCAUAUGGCUGCCUGCUAUUUUGGGAAUUCCCCUUGGUGGAUACCUAUAUUCUAAACAAAACUGGAGCGACAGAAAGGCAGCGUGGUUUAUUGCAGUUCUCAUGAUCUUAUCUAGCAUCUACUACCCUGCCGGAUGCCCAACAAAAGAUGUUAUCGGCUUGACGACCGUAACCAUGGAAACUGACAAAUGUGCUAACUCAUGCUUAUGUGACAAUCUCACCUUUGACCCAGUGUGUGGAUCUGACGAGCGAACCUAUGUGACCCCAUGCCACGCUGGGUGCAACACUAUGAAUGCUGACAAUAAUAUGAAAGAACCAAAUUUUGAAUCGUGUAAAUGUGUUGGAUUACUAAGUGAAAACUACAGUCAAAGCAAUGUGACUGCUGCUAUUAAUGGAUUCUGCACAAAUAAGUGUUCCCCCUCACAACUACAUAUAUUUGUUAUCAACUUUAUUCUCCGUGUAUUGCUGCUCUGUAUGACCUACGUACCGUACGGGGUCUUUAUCAUGCGCAGCGUACGUCAGACCGACAAAGCAGUAGUCAUCGCGCUUAAAGAAAUCAUGGGAAAGUUGCUUGGUGAAAUACCUGGCAGUAUCUUAGCGGGUAAGCUGUUUGAUUCGUGUUGUCAAUUCUGGUCGAAAGAGGAAUCUGGUGGCUGCCAGUUGUAUGACCUUGACCUGUUACGUAUUCGUUUUUUUCUGAUCAACGUGAUCCCGUCUUCAGUGGCAGCUAUUUCAUUGGUAAUUUCUAUCAAAUUUCUGAAGAGGCGCACGACAAAGUCAGAAAUCCCGAACAUUGUUAUAUCUCCCGCUACCCCUGGAAUCGAAGGGAUGAGCAAGAGGAAGUUAGAAGAUCCGCCGGGAGGAGCUAAAAAGCCAGAGAGUGAGGAAGAGGAGGAAGGAGUUUAUCCUCCCAAAGUCACCCGGAUCGAGCCCUCACCGGAGCUACAUUUAGAAGAGCAACCGGGACCUAGUCACCGCAUGUUCCCGCUACAGAUUGCUGAACUGAGAGAUCCAUCUGCUGUUCGGGGUUUGCCUCAACCUUCGCUAAGAACCAGGGGUCCAGGAAGGCCACGUAUUCAUCCUCCAAAACCAGCCGGGGUAAGUCGGCCAAGAGGUCGUCCAAAAGGUUCAAAGAACAAAAAACCACGAAAGCGAAAGGAAGUUGUGAGGGUUGAAAGGCCUCCCAAAAGGCCGAGAGGACGACCAAGAAAGUGGCCGCCUGAAAUGUGGGAGGGAUUUCAACGCACACGAGAAGCUGCAGUUCAACAACAACUGAAACAACAGCAGCAACAACAACAACAACAACAGCAACAACAGCAUAUGCAGCAACAGCAUGAGAUGGCUGGACCCAGUCACAUGUACAUGGAGCAACGAGACCCUCGUCUUCUCCAGCAAAUGCAGAUGAUGCAUCCUCACCAUAUGCCCCCCCAGCCCCCCAUGCCUCAUUAUAUGCAACUGCCUCUGGAAACCGAGCAACCUCAAGAGGAGAUCUCUCUUCUCAUGCCUCCACAAUCGUUACCUCAAGAACACAUGCUCCCAACCAUGAUGUUGCCAGAGCAGCAACAUCCGGAGCAGAUCCAGGAGCAGGAGGAGCUGCUAUGGAUGCAACAGGAAGAAAUGGCGCAACACCACCCCCCACCACCCCACACUACCUCACAGUAAUUACAACCAACACACACCUAAAACGUAACCUACACAGCACCAAAAAUUUUCUAGCCUAACAUUUUCACCCCCAAAAAUUUUCAACGCUAAAAAAUUUCAAGCCAAAAAUUGUCUUGCCAAAAAUUUUCACACCUAAAUAUUUUUUUCUCAAAAUUUUCAUGCCUAAAUCUUCAUGGAUCAGUCAAGCCACUGUGUACCCGCAUCCUGAAAUCCUCCCAAUCCCUUCCUCCACAGUGGGCAUCAGCAGCUCCUCAUCUUGUUCAUCUACCUCGAAUUUUUGUGAAGCCUUUCUACCCGGCCUCCCCAGUUUCAUAUGACGUGAAUAGUUGUGCGUUUUCGUUUCUUAAAAGGGAGCGCUACCUCCAUUUUACAUUGCUGCCUCAUACCUGCAUACUGGCACAACCACACCUUAUAAGAGCUGCUUUACCUAAGAAUUUUCAUUUUCCUAAAAGUUAAAGGUCCAUUUUUCGUCUCACAAAUAGACCUAUUUAGGACAUUCUUUUAAAUAUUAUAAUUCAGUUUCCAUAAAACGCCUUUCAAAUAGUUUCAGGCCUUUAAACCCUAUUUAUUUAUAACUGUUUGAGUCUAAAAAAUCCGCAUUAACCACCAAACGUCAUUAUUUCAUUUCAAAACCAAGUUUCUCAUUAUUUAACCCAUAAGUUUAUUUUCUUAAAACAGCUCUCACGGUCCAGUAUGCAAUUAUUUUAUUCCCUUCUCUUCAGCAUAUUAGGAAAUUUGUCUUUUAGCUUCAAUUUUUAUUAUUACUCACAACUCGCUCCUAAACGAUCAUGUUGCCUAUAUAACCCACUCUCGCUUUUCUCAAAAGUUUCAUCCGUUUUUAGUUUCGGGUCGCUGUUUUUACCGAGUAUUUGGUUGUCUACUGCCCCCUAUGGUGCUUAAAUAUCUCGAGCACUGUUGUUUUUUUAUUCCCAGAACCAAAGAGUCUAUAUAUGUUCCCCUUCCCAUUAUAUGUAACGUAUGCGGCUUAGUUUGCCGCAUCGGUUGAUAAUAAUUAUGUCGCUUAUUUUUAACCGCUUGCUUGUUUUUUUCGCCAUCCCGUUUUUACGGUUCCACCCGCUGCUCGCCGCUUUCAACGCCCAACUUUCACGUAUGACGCAAUAAUCUCGCUUAUUACGCAAUAAAGGCGUUCUAUUUCCGUAUUUAUUUUAUGCUCGCCUCAAAUCGAUGCCCCUGCAAUAAAUCCACGACUAACGCAGGCCUGCCAUCUUACCUACUCCAUGCCAUAGGUGUACACGUAUAAACCAAAGACUUCGUAACUCAAUCGAUUGCAACUGACAUCGCAAUGAUUUAUUUUCUCGCUUUUCUCGGUGAGUCAGUGAAUUUUCAAUUAACCAAAUUUUUCCCAUUACUAAAUACCGAAUCAAGCAUUUUUACCUUUAAAAACUCAAAACCGAAUCGAUAUUUUGAUUUAAAACACACCAAAACAGACUUGCCUAUCCAUAAACUCCGCUUAUUUGUUUACCUUGUAUGUUGCACCCAUUUAACACAAAGUUUCGCCGCCCGGCCGACCGUUCCUUCCCUAUGUUCCUGCAUGCCUAUACUUCGUAGUUUUAUUUUCAUUUUUGUUCCGCAUUUUUUCGCUAUUAUACUGUCGUGUUGGAGACUUAUUUUUUGUUUCUUAAUCCUGUUUUAUUUGAAAAAGCUUUUAACCAUAAUUAGACCUUUUUUUAAUUUUUAAUCGUCAAAUUUUCGAAAACUGCAUUGGAAUAAUGCAUUACAUGACUACACACUACACCACUGUGAGUUACCGUAAUAAAUCUGAACUACAAAUAAUUUUAAAUUACUAAAUUUUCAGCUAACCACAUAAGUCGUUUUAAUUCAUUUUGCUGCAUAACAAUUUUUGUAUUUCGUUGUCACCACAGUAUUACGUUCGCUCGCUGUCCAUACGUGCCACGCGUGUUAUUUAAUCGUGUUUCCGUUGCAAUUUAUCUCCGUAUUCAAAUUGUUCGCAGUUUUAUAAUACUUCACCCCAAAAGUGAGUUACAUUUGCCAAAUGUUAAGAUCGUGUCUUUCGUAAAAAAUUAUUUUCAUGUUAAAAGGCCUUUCAAAAGAAUGUUUCUCUUUUCACUCAGUUCACUCUGUAUAAGCUGUACAUUCACUUACCCCACACCUCGAACCGCGACACCAAAAAUUUCACUUGAAUGCCAACCGACACCGUUUCUUUUACACCCCCUUUUAUUGAGAUACUUUACUGUUGCAUGCUUAUGUCGUUCUCUUCAUUUAUCAUACAGUGUUUCCAUCACAGUAUUAUGAGGUUUUCGUCGCCAAAGAGAAAUAUAUAGCCAGGUUCUUGGCGUUCCGAUGCCUGACAUA